CUAACUCGUGCCAAAAAUUUAUCACAUCCCUUGCCAGUCCUUUCUGCAACACGCGAUUGUCUUUUGUUUCCAGUGAGAGCCGUUGUUCUGCCACUCUUUUCAGAGCAACGCGAUUCUCGUUCACUCGUUUAACUUAUCCAUCCCGUGGCCCUAUCAACAACUUUAGGCAUUUUACUCUAGUCACUCAUUACUGUCUACCAUGUAUCGCUCACUUUUCUCUAUUCUUAUUGCUCUCUGCGUCUAUGCGCAUUGCGCCUUUGCCUCCUUGACUUCAAGUGAGAUCGCCAACUCCUUGAAUGAAUUGGCGCAACAAGGUUUCGCUGCCAAGGAUCUCGUAUUGGAGAUUAACUCCACCGCCGAUGCCGGUCCAAUGCGUGAUGUCUAUACGGAAAUGGAUACGAUCGUGACCGUGGUUCUCACGGAUGUCGAGUUCAUGACCAAUACCCCUAUCAUCACUGAUCAAUCCGAGGAGCAGACAGUAUAUGAAGGGUACUCAAAUUUCGUACAAUCGCUCCUUGAACUCAUGGACGCCUUCUCCGACAGUGCAACUGAGUUGAAGUCGAUUGACUCAACCACCAAGGAGAAAGUGCCCUCGGAAGUUCGCAUCCUGGAAAGUGCCGUGGACGCCUACUUCUAUAAUAUUAUCGGCCUCUUCCCGGCUAACAGCUCGUACAAUGCCCAAGCCAGCAACCAGAAAGCUCAGGUCGACACCCAUUGCUUCCAGGCUAUCUGGGCGUUUGAUCUCAGCGAUGGCAGUCAGUCUAGCUCUCAAUCGCGCAGGAAUACCUCUCUUCAUGCUCGAAGAAUGAUGCGAAACUCCGUGUAAAUUGAACCAUGUACUUUCUGUAAGGAUUGCGCAGAGCUGGAUCGUCAUCUUGAUGGUCACCAGCGGAACCCUCUGUUGAAUAUUUCUAAUUCUUAAUUACCUUGUACCAUAAUAGUUAUUUCACUGGCACUUUCAGGCACUAAGUUUAUGAGUGGGCAUUGUUUUGUUGGCUACAUAGAUUGGAAGUAGACAAAAUCUAGCGAUACUACUCCCGGGGCAGCAGAAUCGUCC